AGUAACUAAGGGAGGGAAAGCAAAACACAAACAACUCAUUACAAACUGAACACUUCCUCUUAUCUCUUGAGAACUAUAAACAAUUUUUUCAGCUGUUUCUGUUUCACAUCACUUUGGUUCCGUUAUCGCCACUUGGAUCGCUUCUUCUUUCCUCAAAUCCUCUUCUAAUUUUCCCACCUCCAUGAUUUCCGUCCUAGAAGGUUUCAGCCACCAUAUGAUCGGACCUGCGCCGGCAGAAUCACGCUUCCUCGGGUACUCGCCGCCGAAGAUUCGCUUCUUCUCGCUCAUACUCACAAAUUUCGACUCGUCGGAGAUCGCUGAAGCUCCUUCAUGAGCAACGUUAACGUUGGACCGAUCCCUGACCUGCUCUUCAGGUUGCAGAAGAAAGACAGACUCAGCAAAAUAUCACAAAUUCAUACGAGGCAUGAGCGAUUGCCACGAAGAGGGAGGAUGCCACCGGUUGGUUAUCAUGGGAGAGACCAAACAACUUGUUACCCCUUGGACAAGAUUUCAAGAGGCAAUGAGGAUGGUCAUGGACAUAGAAGAAAAAGGAAGAAGGAACAAAAGGUACAAGCGAAUACUUAGGUCAAUCCUCAAGGAUAUGACUACUGUGGUGCAGGAAAUCAAGCAAUACAAUGAACAAUUGGACCCACCCAGAGAAGAAAUUAACACUCUUAUCAAAGAAAAAGAUGCUGGAGAAGAGCUUGUGUGCAUUUCUUGCUCCAGGACUGUUAGGUGGUUGAAAUUUCUCUCUUGGCUUCCACUCUUUAGGAACAGACUUUGGUAUAAUAAGAAUGAUUCCUUUGCUGAGGAUGACAAACAAGUUAACUCUAUCAAACACACAUUGUACAAGGUGAGAGAGAUUCUCGAGCUUCUUGACAUAGAGAAUUUUGAGCAGAAACUGAGAGGUGUUGGAACACCAAUCAAGUGUCCUUAUGGUGUCCCUAGAAACCCAGAAUUCACUCUUGGGUUGGGUGUACCGUUGAGCAAGUUGAAGAUGGAGAUUCUCGGGGACGGUAUGUCCAUCCUUUUGUUGACUGGUAUGGGUGGAUCUGGUAAAACUACUUUGGCUACAAAGCUCUGUUGGGAUGAAGAAGUCAAGGGUAAAUUCAAGGAAAAUAUUUUAUUUAUCACUUUCUCACAAACGCCUAAGUUGAAGAAUGUUGUAGAGAGACUAUUUGAACAUUGUGGAUACCACGUGCCUGAGUUUCUAAGUGAUGAAGAGGCUAUUAAACGGUUGGGAAUUUUGCUGCGGAAAAUUGAGGGAAGUCCACUGUUGUUGGUAUUGGAUGAUGUUUGGCCUGGCUCAGAAUCCCUUGUUGAAAAAUUUAAAUUCCAGAUGUCUGAUUAUAAAAUUUUGGUGACUUCAAGGGUUGCAUUUCCUAAAUUUGGCACCCCAUAUAUCUUAAAACCACUUGCUCAUGAAGAUGCAAUAACCCUUUUCCGUCAUUAUGCUCCCUUGGAAAAAAGCAGUUCAAGUAUUCCUGACGAAGAACUUAUCCAAAAGGUUGUGAGAUAUUGCAGGGGUUUGCCGCUUGCCAUUAAAGUGAUUGGUAGAUCACUCAGACAUCGAUCGAUUGAGUUGUGGCAAAAGACGGUGGACGAAUUGUCCCAUGGUCAUUCUAUUCUUGAUUCUAGUACUGAAUUACUUACAUGCCUCGAAAAGAUCUUGGAUGUUUUGGAAGACAAUCCCAACGUCAAGGAGUGCUUCAUGGACCUUGGGUUAUUUCCUGAAGACCAAAGAAUUCCUCUUCCUGUUCUCAUUGAUAUAUGGGCAGAGUUAUAUGGAUUAGAUGAUAACGGCAUAGAAGCAAUGGAAAUCAUAAAAAAAUUAGACUCCAUGAAUCUGGCUAAUGUUUUAGUAGUAAGGAAAAAUGCAAGUGAUUCAGACAAUUACUACUACAAUAAUCACUUUGUCAUCCUCCAUGAUCUUCUAAGAGAUCUCGCAAUUUAUCAGAACAAUCGGGAACCAAUUGAACGGAGAAAAAGACUGAUAACUGACAUAAAUGAAAAAAAAACUCAAUGGUGGCUUGGGGAGAAGCAACUAAGCAUGGUGGCCAACUUAUGGUCAAAAUAUUGCGGAUGGUAUGUUAAACAGAACCUCCAACAGGUCCCAGCUCGCACAUUGUCUAUAUCAACUGAUGAAACUUGUGCUUCGUAUUGGUCCCACAUACAAGCAUCCCAAACUGAAGUUCUGAUUUUAAAUAUUCGAACUAAGAAGUUUUACUUUCAAGAGCUUUUGGAGAAAAUGAGUAAACUAAAAGUUCUUAUCGUGACAAAUUAUGGUUUUCAUCCUUCUGAACUGGACAAUUUCAAACUACUAGGCUCUGAGUCAAACCUGAAAAGAAUCAGACUAGAGAGGAUUUCUGUUCCUCAAUUGGGUUCAUUGAAAAUUCUUAAAAAACUAUCCCUCUACAUGUGUAGUAAUAUAAGUCAGGCUUUUGAAAAUGGUACCAUCCUAGUUUCAGAUUCAUUUCCAUGUCUAGAAGAUUUGAACAUUGACUAUUGCAAGGAUAUGGUGGAAUUGCCUACUGGGAUAUGUGAUAUUACCCCACUAAAGAAGCUCAGUAUUACUAAUUGCCACAAGCUUACUUCUCUGCCCCAAGAAAUUGAAAAGUUGGUGAAUUUGGAACUCCUGAACCUAAGUUCCUGUACUGAUUUGGAAGGGAUACCUGAUUCUAUUGGAAACCUAUCAAAGCUAAGACAUCUUGACAUCUCAAACUGCAUAAACCUUUCAAGUUUACCAGAGAACAUUGGUAACCUAUGUAAUCUAAGAAAUCUCUACAUGACAAGUUGUGCAAGGUGUGAAUUGCCAUACUCGGUCGUCAAUCUUGAGAAUUUGAAGGUAGUGGUAUGCGAUGAAGAGACGUCUGCUUCAUGGGAAGCAUUCGAAGCUAUGCUUCCGAAUCUAAAGAUAGAGGUUCCUCGAGUUGAUGUUAACUUAAACUGGCUUCAUUCAAUUAGCUCCUAAUUAAGACCUCUUAAAAAUAAAUGUUAGACAAAGUGGGUAUGUUAUGUGAAAUAUAUUACUUAAAGUGUGGAAACGCUCCUCUUGUUCCCAAGACAUGUUUACUCAGGUUUCUCUAGCAAUGUAUGCAUGUUUGUGAACAGUACUAUGUUACUUGAAAGAAGUAGGAGACUUUAUGAAGAAUUAUAAUGAUUCUUAUAAAUAAUUGAAGGUCUUUUUUUUCUUAGUUUUGAAGUAAACUCUUUUUUUAAUCUCCGAAAUUAUUCUUUUUUCCUUGAAAUCCAACUUAGUUCUGAUUC